AUGAUUGAGUCAAUGCACGAAGGAAAGUUCAAAUCCCAAACUCCUGAAGAAGCUUAUGCUUUCUUAGAAGAACUUGCUGAGAAUGCCCAAAGUUGGAAUUGGAACCCUUGUGAUGACGAAUUCUCUAGGAAUGAUCCCACCAAAAGAACUUCCAAUCCUUUUGAGAUCAAACCCGAACCUGAAUUCAAAUCAGUGAUGCAAAGUCUAGCGGAAGGAGUCAAAGAUUUGAAUAAAAAAUUUGAUGCCUUUGCUCUCAUGUCAACAACUGCAAAAUGCAAUGUAUGUUCAAGUUCAUCUCAUCCCACUGAGGCUUGUCCGAUCUACUGUACAUCUGAACCUUCAGAUGCACAAGUUUGUGCCUUUAAUACCUAUAGGAAACCGACGGCUAAUUCCUUUAGUCUGACGUAUCAUCCCGAUUCAAGAAACCAUCCAAAUUUUUCGUGGCGACAAAAUUUGCCUCCACAAAACUUAGGUGGUCCUCCAGGUUUCCAAGGUAAUCCUAGUAGGCCCGCACAACCUCAAGGUUCUCUUAUCCCUCCAGGAUAUUUUCCUAGAAACAAUCAGUUCAAUCAAAUUAGAGAACUUGCAAUUGAUCCAAUGAGCAAUUAUUUUGCUCCUGUCCCACAGUACCACUGUGCUACCAAUUAUGAGGACACUAUGAAAAUGCUUGCCCUUAAUCUUGAUCAAUCUGACAAGCAAUCAGAUCAGAGAAUUCAAAAGUUAGAGAGUCACUUUGACCUCUUAACUCAGAGUCAACUCCAAUUUCAACAAACUAUCCAAAGUCAGUUGACUCAACUCACUUCUACACUGUCUGAAAGACAAAAGGGGAAGAAAGUCAAUAACCAAGUUGAGCUACCCACCCAAGCUACAAAUGCACCAACCAAGUCUAGUGCAUCAGACCCACCCAACACCAAAGAGGACCAAGGUUCCAAAUCUGAUCCAAUCCAUCUUCAAUCUUAUGUUCCCCCCGCCCCAUUUCCUUCUCGACUAGUCAAUAAUAAGAAGGAGUCACAAUACAGUGAGAUCUUAGAUAUUUUUCAAAAUCUUCAGAUCAAUAUUCCAUUUCUUACUGCUAUUAAACAAGUUCUUUCUUAUGCAAAGUUCAUCAAAGAUUUAGUCAAAAGGAAAACUAACAUCCCAAAAGAAGCUUUCAUAGCCCAAAAUUGUUCUUCCUUCCUACAAAAUCAAGCCAUGGUUAAGCAUAAAGACCUUGGGAGUCCAACUGUCAUUUGUAGGAUUGGAGAAAAGUUUGCUGACCAUGCUUUGUUGGAUCUCGGUGCUAGUGUGAAUUUGUUACCAUAUUCAGUGUAUUUGGAGUUAGGCUUGAAUAAUUUGAAGAAAACUAAUGUUAGGAUCCAAUUAGUUGAUCGUUCUGUCAAAAUUCCAAGGGGUAUAAUUGAAGAUGUGAUAGUGAAAAUAGCUGAUUUCUAUUACUCGGUUGAUUUCAUUGUUCUAGAUACCCAACCUACCCAAGGUACGCAAAUUCCUAUUAUCUUAGGUCGACCAUUCUUAGCUACCGCUAAUGCUGUGAUCAAUUGUCGAAAUGGUAGUAUGACUUUAACCUUUGGGAACAUGAAAUUGGAAGUCAUUGUGUUUAAAUUGAUGAAGCAACCCCCUGACUCAGAUUCCAUUGAAGAAAUUUGUCUCAUUGAGUCAUUAGCCGCUCACACCUUUGAGCACUCUUACCUUAAGGAUCCACUCCAACAGUGUUUAGCACAUUUUUGUGAUGAGUUUGAUGCGGAUAGUUAUAUUGGUGAGGUUAAUGCUUUACUCGAUUCCACUCCAAUCUUUGAACCAUCAAAGAUUAGGUUUGAACCAUUAUCUGUUCCCACUACCACUGUUCUCGAAACUAAGAAGAAGCCACCCAAGGUUGAACUAAAGCCUCUACCUGAGACUUUAAAGUACUCUUACCUAGGUGAGUCCGACACUUUUCCCGUGGUGAUUGCUUUAGACUUAACUACCCAUCAGGAAACCCAACUUCUUAAGGUUCUUAGGGAAAAUCGUGCAGCCAUAGGGUGGUCCAUUGAUGAUAUUCACGGCAUUAGUCUUUUAGUCGUUCAACAUCGUAUUCAUUUAGAUAAUGAUGCAAAAACCUAUAGGCAGCCCUAA